CUUACCUGUAAGUUAAUACAAUUCCAGCCUUCUGACUUUAAAAACUUUUCUCUAUCCUAGUAUUAUAUAGAUGUACUCAAGUCAGAUUUGUAGUUCGUUUGCUGAUAUUGUAUAAAAGCAUUGGCGUGUAUGUAAUGUGAGGAAACAAUCUUUCUUCCAGGUUCCCAGUCCCUGCAGUGGUUUGUGUGCUUGUGUGUGUGUAAUUUGAGCUGCAACAGGUAGGACACUCCCAGAACUUGCUCAGACAUUCUUCCUAGGGUUGAGCUCAGUCAGUGCCUAGACACUAACACACGGUGAAGGAGUCAUGCUUUCUGCUGCUCAUGCUGUGGGUACGCUGCACCUGGCUGUCCUGGGAUGUCUCUUUGUGACAGCAUGCUCGAUUGAGGUGUUCACCAAUAAAGAGCUGGAGGCUGUAAAUGGCACGGAUACCCGCCUGAAGUGCACCUUCAGUUCUUCAGCACCUGUGGGUGAUAAUAUCAUCAUAGUCUGGAUGUUUCGCCCCCUCUCGGGAGGAGAGGAUCAAACUAUCUUUUAUUACCACAAAAAUGCAUAUCCUCAACUUGAUGGACGGUUUCAGGGCCGAGCAGUUUGGGAUGGAAACAUUAUGCGCAAUGAUGCAUCAAUACUAAUCAGAAACAUUCAACCUAUGGAUAAUGGAACAUACCUGUGCCAGGUUAAGAAUCCUCCAGAUGUACAUGUUGAAAUGGGUGAAAUCCAGGUCAGAGUGGUUAACAAAGCAAAGUUGUCUGAAAUAUUUGUGCUGGCUUUGGUUAUUGGAGUGGGCAGUGCAGCGAUCAUCCUGAUAGUGCUAGCAUUUGUUCUUUAUCGAUACUGUCGUAUGAAGAAAAUCCAUCGGAGUACUCCUGUGUCUAUGCUAGAAUGUACAGAAAAGUUAAAUGAGAAACCAUGCAACAUGAAAGAGGUUUAUGCGUAAUCACUUGGGGCACCCAAUCAGAGGUCACUUGAAUUAAUCUGGUCCGAAAACCCUUGGCUUGGAUCCCAACUCCCCAAAAGCAGCAGAGCUGUAAUGAUGGGAAAAGUCUGUCAUAAAAAUAUGAAAGUUUUUUUAUCUUGCUUUAUUUUCAGAAUAGUUCUGUGGGACCAGAGCACAAACUACUGUUAUUCCAACUCUGCCAGAGUUAUGGGGACCAUGCGGCAUUGAUGUGAUCUGCUAUGAUGCCACAAGGAACCUUAGCUCCAAAGUACUAAUGCAGAUUUGACGUACUUACACAUUUCUGUACCCCUAUUGUAAUUAUCACAUUGCCUUCCACAUCUGAAGCCGGAUAUGCUCAAGACGGAUGUUUAAAAUUUGGUGUCUGUGACGCUAAACCCUUUUUUAAUUUUAGUCGUUUUUGUAUGAUUACAUAUGGUGUUUUUUUGUUUUGUUUUUUUAAGUCCUUUUCUCGUAGAUGUAUGUGUAUGCACUCACUGGAGCAACUAAAAGGAUUCUUCACUGCUCCAUAAUCUUUAUCCAUUUUAUUACCUAAUGAUAGUGUUUGCCUUAAAAGCUGUUGGCUCAACCCCUCAAGAUCAAGUCAUCAACUUGUUGGCUUGUGUAUGGUGGCUGUAGAUUGACCUGCCUGAUUGAUAUGCAGCAUAAACCGAUUGACCCAUAGGCCUUCAUUAUGAUCCAAUAAUUAUUGAAGUAAUCAGAUCAUCCUAAUAUGGCCAAAUGUGGUGAAAAUCCACUUGUUUGGUGAUUUCACCUAAUGAGCAGUGUAUGGUCAGUGUUCAGGAACUGGCAAAAAUAAUACCCUGCACACAUCAUACAUCUUGUUUCUGACUUGAUAUAGGAGCCUUCCAGAGGUUCUCAUAUGCUAGGGGGGUUACACUGCCUACUAAAGUCACCUAACAAGUGUCCCUGACUAAUGUUGCUGCCCUGCUGCACUAGUGACAGUCAAACAGCUAUAGGCAGGCUGUGGGAAGGCUGUUGAUAUGGUUUUUCGGCUGCCACUGCAGGUAAGGAAGCCAAAAAAUACUUUAUGAUCAUGACUUCUAUAAUUAGAAAGGGUACACAUACACA